AUGUCUCGACCCGAAGAUUGUGAGUUAAAAUCCCUACACGAUGCCGUUAAAUCGAAAAAUUUAGAUUUACUGGAAUCGUUAUUUAAAAGGGGUGCUGAUCCAAAUACGGUUGAUGACAAGGGCAGAACAGCUCUGAAUUUUAUAUGUUAUCAAGCUAAGUUGUCAGAGAUUAAUUUGAAAAUGAUUCAACUUCUCAUCCAGUAUGGAGCCGACGUAAAUACACAAGAUGAAUACGGUAACAGUCCGAUGAUGAAUCUAUUUUAUGACGAAUCCAAUGGUAUGAGAGUACGCAUUGAGGCAUUGAAAAUACUUUUGCAAAAUGGAGCUAACUUCACACGAGUCAACCACAAGGACAUUGAAAAUACUUUUGAAAAACGAAGCUGA